AUGGAAGAGGUCAAAGGUGCUCCUUUGAACCACCUCAAUUCGAAAGAAGAUUUCCUUCGCCGUGUCCAGACGGCAGACAGUGUCUUCCUCCCUCGCGAUGUGUUCGAAGCCCUGUACCUCUCUCCAGAGCGUAAUGUUGCCGGAGACUUGAGGAAGAAGUUUGGUAACCCAACACCUGCCGCUCUCAUUGGCUUCGUCAUGGCUGCGACUCCGUACGCUGCCGCAAACAUGGGCUGGCGUGGUGCAGGAGGCUUAGGAGGUGCCCUUAUCCCGGUCAUGGUCUUCUUCGGCGGUCUUCUGCAGAUCCUGGGCGCCAUCGCCGAAUGGAUCCUGGGCAACACCUUUUCCAUGUGCCUGUUCUUCACCUACGGCACUUUCUGGAUCGUGGCCGGUACUCAACUCAUCCCUUGGUUCGGCGUCGGCGUCCAAUACUCCCCCACGGGAGACUCGUUCCAUGGCAUGACUGAAUCCAGCUAUUACGCUACCGUCGGGUUCUACUACCUUUCGCUCGCCAUGAUCACCACCAUUUUUUGCGUCUGCUCCUUGCGCACCAAUCUCGUCUUCUUCUCCGCGCUUUUCACCCUGAUCUUCGCCUUUGGAUGUGCCGCGGGGGCUUUCUGGAACCUGGCGCUCGGCAACGUGCACGCGGGCAGCAGGUUAACCAUAGCAGCAGGAGCAUUCACCUUCGCCCUGACGAUGAUGGUGUGGUACCUCCUCCUGGUCCAGUUACUGGAAAGCGUCGACUUCCCCAUCACACUCCCCGUGGGUGAUUUGUCGAAUUUCAUCAAGGGAAAGAGUCAGAGGGCCGCGAAGAAAAUCGCACAGAGCGAAAACUGA